GACCACCCCGCGCGUCCCGGCGCUGAGCCCCCCCCGCCGAUCGCCUCGCACCCCGAUCGCCCCGCGCGCUUCCCGCCGCCUUCCCGCGCCCCCCCGAUCGUCCCGCGCCCCCCCGAUCGUUCCGCGCGCCCCCGAUCGCCCCGCUCCCCCCUGAUCGCCCCGCGCGCCCCGACCCCCGCGCCCCGCAGCGGCAUGGCCUCCCCGGCGGCGCGCGCGCGGCCCGUGCGGGUGCUGCUGGACAUGGACGGCGUGCUGGCCGACUUCGAGGCCGGCCUGCUGCGCGGCUUCCGCCGCCGCUUCCCGGGGGAGCCCCACGUGCCGCUGGAGCAGCGCCGCGGCUUCCUGGCCCGCGAGCAGUACCGGGCGCUGCGCCCCGACCUGGCGGACAAAGUGGCCAGCGUGUACGAGGCGCCCGGCUUCUUCCUGGACCUGGAGCCCCUGCCCGGAGCCCUGGACGCCGUGCGGGAGAUGGACGCCAUGCCCGACACCGAGGUCUUCAUCUGCACCAGCCCCCUGCUCAACUACCAGCACUGUGUGGGGGAGAAGUACCAAUGGGUGGAGAAGCACCUGGGGCCCCGCUUCGUGGAGCGCAUCAUCCUGACCCGGGAUAAGACGGUGGUCCUGGGCGACCUGCUCAUCGACGACAAGGACACCAUUCGAGGCCAGGAGGAGACCCCGAGCUGGGAGCACAUCCUCUUCACCUGCUGCCACAACCGCCACCUGGCCCUGCCCCCCAGCAGGCGCCGCCUGAGCUCCUGGAGCGACAACUGGAGAAGCAUCGUGGACAGCAAGCGGGGGGCCGGGCGGCGGGCGCCAGGGGACCCGCAGCCGUGAGCGCAGCCGGCCGCCGCCUCAUGCAGGGCUGGCCCCCGCAGCCCCGCGGGAAACUGGGUGGAACCUGGAAUAAAGGCCUUGGCUCGUU